AUGCUCACUGGCGAGGGAGUAGCGCAGCAGCAGCAGCAGCAGCAGCAGCAGCAGCAGCAUCACAGGGAACCUUUUCGAGUGGGAGAAGUUGUUGAGAGGGAUAUUGACGGCGUCUGGUUCCCUGCUAAGGUAGUUGCCGUUCACGAGAAGAAAGACGAAGCAGUACCAUCGGGUGGUUCCGGCUCCAUCGGGCGACGGCGGCAGCUGGCGUACGACCUCUUCUACCUCGACGACAAUAACCGAGAAAGCGAGGUACCUGAGGAGGAUAUUCGCGUUGUCUAUGACUACGGUACCAAAACGAAAGAAAGCAUGUUGUUGCUGCUGGGCACGGAGCACGAAAGGGGUGGUGACAGCACGGCAGCGCGGGGACAUAGCCAUGGUGGUGGUGACUCGAAGAGCCUUGAUGCACGGCAAUAUGUUGAGGCCGGAGCAAACAGUAGAAGUCGGGGACAGGACGGAGGGAAGGACGGAGGCGUCCACGACGAAGACGGCGACGGUCACGCGGGCCCCAAGGUCACGAUACACUCCUCUCUGGGUACCUUCGACACCAAGGAGGACGGCUCCGCCACCGCGUACAUCAUCAACGGCCCUGAGACCAACGUGGCCGCGGGGAGCGGGUUGAGAGGGAUCCGUUGGCUGAGAGGGCCCUAGCAUUGGGCCCGUUGCUUGACAAAAGUUGCCCGUCUUGGUUUCCUGUUAAACCAGCGCCGACGCCUCUUCCGUGGUAGCCUUUGAUGUUCUGCGGUCUGCGAUGCUACAAUACCUUUGACGACGUGCGCCAUCGACUCGUGCUUCCUGCUUAAGGAGCACCCUCGUCUUUGAUCUGUUG